AUGGACGAGGAUGACCUCGUGAGAAGGAAGGAUCCACAUGAAGGUUUCCUUGUUCCGGACGGUGUGUCGCCACUUUCAUCCUCCGAUGUCAUUGAACCGAGAAGAGCAGCAAGACUUAUAGAAGGCCAUGAAAUUUCGAUAAAUCAUGACGUGAUUCAAGUUCCCAGUACAAAACUUCUGCAGCUUAAUGAUACUCAAGUAAUUGCAUUAUCUGGAGCAGUGUCGGGAUUCCUCUCUGGCAUCAUUGUAUGUCCCCUCGAUGUGAUAAAGACAAGGCUGCAGGCCCAGGGUUUACAAUCGCUCGGCGAAAAUCGAUAUUACCAUGGCUUCCUUGGUACUGCCUCUACGAUUGUCAGAGAUGAAGGAGUGAGGGGACUCUACAAGGGUUUGGUACCGAUAAUAAUGGGCUAUUUCCCGACCUGGAUGAUAUACUUCACCUGUUACGAAUUCUGUAAGGAUCUUUAUCCCAAACUGUUCCCGCACUGGGGUUUUGCUGCUUAUUCACUCUCUGCUAUCUCUUCAGGGGCUAUCUCGACUGUACUGACUAAUCCGAUUUGGGUCAUCAAGACUAGAUUGAUGUUGCAAACUCAUGUAUCGCAAUAUCCUACACAUUAUCAUGGAACAUUCGACGCAUUUAAUAAGAUCAGGUCACAGGAAGGUAUAAGAGCCCUGUAUGCCGGUCUGGUACCGUCAUUUCUGGGGCUUCUGCAUGUAGCCAUUCAUUUCCCCGUUUAUGAGAAGCUAAAAGUAACUUUCAACUGCUAUCAGGGCAGUACACAAGACAACAAGAAAGAGCAAGGUAUACAUCUUCCGAGGUUAAUCAUGGCUUCCUGCGUCUCCAAAAUGAUUGCCUCCGUUAUAACAUAUCCACAUGAGAUUCUACGCACAAGGAUGCAGUUGAAGUCCAAUCUACCCGAUUCCGUGCAGCAUAAAAUGCUCCCGCUGAUUCGGAAAACGUAUUUGACCGAGGGAUUGAGAGGAUUUUACUCGGGAUUCGUCACCAACCUGAUACGCACUGUACCUGCCUCGGCGAUAACCCUGGUAUCAUUUGAAUGGGUUAGAAAUCGUCUAUCAAACAUUACUACAGGUCCGGGAAGUUGA